AUGAAGCGAAAUGUAUAUCGUGAGGACAGCGUGGCGCCCCCGCUGCGGCUCGUGCCCCCGGGGGCCACCCGCCAGGAGUCGCCCGGUGAGAAUUGGUGGGACGUGGGAAACUGCAGCAGACCUCCAGCAGGGCGUCUCGCGUUGUCACCGGUGCUGCACAUGGAGGAAGAGGCAGAGACGAUGGGGCAGUUGCGUUGGGAAAACCGAGGGACACCCGUGCGUCGUGCCCUCGUUUGGCCCCCCAACGUGGAGGACGAUAAUAUAGGUGGCGAUAAGGGUCGUUGUACAUUCGACAGCUCCCCAUCACCGAUGGUAGGAGCUGUGAGAGGCGAUGCAACUACUGCUUCCGCGUCUUCGGUUGUUAACGGCGAGGAAGAGGUCUCUUCGGGGCGGCGAGCCGUGCUACUCUGUGCGAGUGGUGGUGAUGGUAGUGGUGGCGGCGGCAGCAGCAGCAGCGGCGACAGCAGCAGCAAUAGCAGCUCCCACCGUCAGGAAGUGAGUGGAGUCAAGAAGACGUCAGUUACUCACAGCGCGCAUGUCACCCGUCACGAGGCCCCACCGCAGCCAGCAGGGACGACGUGUGCCAUCGAUCACGUCUGUGCAUUUGCUCAAGUGAUAGGUGGACUGCAGCAGGCUGUCCUGCAGCUUAGCGGGGAGGUCCGUGAGCUUCGUCUCACCUUUCAGAGUAUGAAGGCAACAAUUGUAAAUGACAGCAGUGGGAAGCCUCCUCGAUGUGAUGUCACCGAGCCUGUGGUGGCGGUGCAGCAGCAGAAGCAGAAGCUUGGCGGCGCUGCCCUGUCGGCACCUAAUGGCCUCUUCCAGCACCUUCGCUCUGCCGCAGUCACACCACACAGCUCUACCUCUUCAUCAUCUCUCGGUCAGAGUUGUGGAGCUCUGCCAGAUGCGGAUAUUAUCGGUGCUGUAACGGAAGGCCUUCAGGAGCUCGAGGCGCUUCCUUGGGCAUUGCCACUUGGCCAUCGCGUCGUGAUUGAAGAAUCCCGUCAGCAGGGUUGUGGUGGUCAUGGCAACUGA